GCAGAUCAACAAUAGAUUAUGUACUGGUACAACGCAUUAGCAUACGGACUCAUUCGUCCGGUCCGUCAAGGGUAAGAUCCGUCCAAGGUUGCAGCUUGCCAGUAUGGAAGAGGACAGUCCGGAAGAGUUUCUUGCAGAGUUCAAGGAGAAACAUCUAGGUGCUUGGGGAAUUGUCCAGAUAACUGCUGGCACAGGGCUAGCUGUCUAUGCCAUGUGGGCAGGGGUUCUCAUGCCGGGAUUUCGAAAAGUCCCUCUGAGGUUACAGGUGCCCUAUCUCCCCGCCAGCAAGAAACAAGUGCGGAAUGUGAUGGCACUGCUGAGUGGUCGACAUGGUAACCUUGUGGACUUGGGCUCCGGUGAUGGCAGGAUUGUGCUGGAAGCACACAAACACGGCUUUGGUCCCACAGUAGGAUACGAACUCAACCCCUGGUUAGUUUGUCUAGCUAACUUCCACGCAUGGAGAGCAGGCCAUUAUGGGAAGGUGUCGUAUCGGCAGGAAGACCUCUGGAAGGUGGACCUUACUGAGUGUAAGAAUGUUACUGUGUUUUUGGCCCCCAGUGUGCUCUCUUUAUUGCAGGAGAAGAUGGAGGCUGAGCUUCCAGAUGACGCCCUGGUCGUAGCCGGUAGGUUUCCCUUCACUGAGUGGACUCCAUGCAGGAUUGAAGGAGAUGGUGUCGACAGAGCUUGGGCCUAUACCAUGCAGGCCCAAAGACUGCCAGCAGGGAGUGCUGUGCUACCUGUACCUAAAGAGUUGAAAUCACCAGUUUGAACUGAAAGUGAGAGAACCAAGUAACUGUCUGGACCAGGAAGACAUGAGACAUAAGCAUGAGCGUUUGUAUGAUGGAAGAAACAAUUGGUUGUCUGAGGAGGAGGGACAAAACAUUUUCAUCUACAUGGGUUGACACAAGUUGCUGACUGAGACCCACUCCUCACAGUGUUGAAUUGGUAGUUAGGGACCUUUUCUCAAUUGGAUUUCCUCAAUUCCUUGCCUCCGUCCUCUCCUUGCCUUUUGAAAACAACAGCUGUUUCAAAGGGGGUGUGGUUGAUUUCAAAACUCUUCGUGAUAGGAAUUGAGAAAAGACCAGGGAGUGAGAUGCCGUCUGAGUAUAUGAACCUGUCAACAGAUAAACUACCAAGCACAUGGUACAAUCCAGACAUCUUUAAAAACCAUACCUCUUCCACAUUUUGUUACGUUACAGCCUUAUUCUAAAAUGGAUUAAAUAAAAACAUGUCCUCUUCAA